ACAGCCCUGCUGUGUCAGCAACAUCGGCGCUUCUUCUGGAGGAAGUGGAAAGGUUCUCAAAAUGUAGUUCGCCCAGCUACUGUUAGGCCUGCCUAUGCAGUACCCAAGGUACAGGACCUAAUAUUCCCAUAAUGCCACAGUCCUAAGCAGCAUUCUGAUUGGACAGGUCAGAAGGGGUCCAUGCUUCUAUUUCAGAGUUGUCAGGCUGUCGAAAAUGUCUCCAAUGACAGCCUCAGUAGAGAUGCAGAAGGUGUAGAGGGGACUGGAUAAGCAUUUUCAGAGGACUUUAGAAUUAUUUGUACUUUCCACACAUAGUGCGGCCUGACUAUGUAGGCACUAGACUGGUCCCAGAGUGGCCAGACUACAUUGAGAUCAAAGACCAGGAGCAGAUCGAAGGCCUUGCCAGAGCAUGUCAGUUAGCCAGACACGUACUGCUGCUAGCUGCAUGCAGUCUGAGGGUUGGCAUGACAACAGAUGAAAUAGACUUCAUUGUGCACCAGGAGACAAUCAAACAUAACGCCUACCCAUCCCCUCUCAGAUAUGGUGGUUUCCCCAAGUCGGUCUGUACAUCUGUGAACAACGUGGUCUGUCAUGGCAUACCUGACAGUCGGCAACUUCAAGAUGGAGACAUCAUCAAUAUUGAUGUCACAGUAUAUUUGGAUGGUUACCAUGGUGACACCUCAGAAACCUUCUUAAUUGGCCAGGUGGAUGAGGCUGGACGGCGAUUGGUGGAGACUGCCAGGCGUUGCCGCGAUGAGGCCAUUGCUGCCUGCAAGCCGGGUGCACAGCUCUGUGUUAUAGGAAACACUAUUAGUGAAAUAGCCCAUUCCAGUGGCUUCCAAGUGUGCCCUUAUUUCAUUGGACAUGGAAUAGGCUCCUACUUUCAUUGCCAUCCUGAAAUCUGGCACCAUGCUAAUGACAAUGACAUGACCAUGGAUGAAGGGAUGGCUUUCACAAUAGAGCCCAUACUGAUGGAGGGCUCUGCAGAGUUCAGAAUCCUGAAGGACAAGUGGACUGCAGUGUCUGCAGAUGAUAAAAGGUCGGCUCAGUUUGAACACACGGUGGUCAUCACGUCUGACGGGGUGGAUAUUCUCACCAAACUGCCAGAAGAGAGCAGUCUGUGACCUGAAGGAACCUAACUUGUGAAACCGAUUUCAAACAGUUGGUAUAAACCAGCUUUUGUGAUAACAAAAACAUUGUUACAAGAACUUGUAUGGUGAUCCACCUGGACAUAUUUAAAAUACCUUCUACACCCUCUCUAAAGUGUUAAAAUGGAAAUUAAAUAAUUAUUAACUACGGACUACACAUACGCCUACUGUAUCUGUAUAUUAAUUUUGACUGAAUUGUUUUUUUUUCACCCUUGAUUGGAGCAUAUACAGAAAUAAAGUGGC